UCACGUGAAAUAUUUAUUAAUAUGGAAGAUUGAUUAUUUUCUAUAAAUAUGUCAUAUAUAUAUUAUAAAUUUAAGAGCAACAUUGAGUAUGACACCAUUAAAUUUGAUGGUCUUCAUAUGUCUCUGGAAGAAUUGAAGGAUAAUAUAUUGCAGCAAAAAAAGAUGCCGAAAUCUGGAAACUUUACCCUUCAAAUAAUUAAUGCUCAAAAUAAAGAGGAAUACAAAGGCGAUAAAGUAUUAAUUCCGAAAAAUACUUCAAUUAUUGUUGCUCGUGUUCCAAUAUCUGCUCAAAUGAAAAAACUACAGGAGAGAUCACUCAGGAAUGCCCCAUUUACAUCUACUAUAGAAGCAUUAAGCAUACAUUCAAAAUCAAACAAUUUUUUACAUGAUUAUAACAACAUAACACAAAAUUCUAAUUUAUCAAAAUUGGAUAUGUCUGAAGAACAAAAAAUUAAAGCAAUGAUGCAACAAGCCACCAAGGAUUUUGAUCCUACAUUGUACCAGAAUUUAAAAUUUAGACACCCUCCUCCUUCGACAUAUGUCUGUUUUAAAUGUCAUCAAAUUGGACAUUGGAUUCAAUUUUGUCCCUUUUUUACCGAAAACAACAAUUUCGAAAAUCGAAUUAAGAGAAGCACCGGUAUACCUAGAAGUUUUAUGACUCCUGUCCAAGGACCCAAUAUUAAAGGGGCCUUGUUGACUAAUGAAGGCAAAUUUGCUGUCCCCAUCAUUGAUCAGCGAGCUUAUAUAGAUAAGAAAAUUGAAGCUCCACCUUUCUUACCCAUUGCAUCUGCAACUGAUACUCGGAAUCCUGUCGUGGAAGUGAUCAUUACAAAACCUGUUCCCAAGGACUUGGAGUGUGGUAUAUGUGCUAAGCUUAUGAAGGAUGCUACAGUUGUCCCUUGCUGUGGCAACAGUUUUUGUUAUCAAUGCAUAUCGAAAGCUCUGUUAGAUCAUGAAGACAGAAUAUGUCCAAGUUGUCACGAAUGUGACAUAUCUCCUGGGAUCCUUAUACCAAACCAAAAGCUUAGAAACGCUGUCGAUAAUUAUCUGACCUCUUUAAACCCAAACUUUCCAACCGUUAGCUCAGUUUCGAGUUUGUGUACACCAUUAACUAGCAUAUCUACCAUGUAUUAUAAUUUAUCGCAUCUGAAACCUCCUCCAACAUUUGUUAAUAGGCAUAAAACAAUGAAUUUUGGUUUGGAUACAAACACAAAUAUUGGCGUCCAACCAUCUAGCAUGCCAGUUCCCAAUCCUUAUAUGUAUCCAACACCUAUCAGUAAUUUCCCAACGUUGCAAAUGCCAAAUAGUGCCUAUUUACCUCCUCCCUCAAUUUACUUCCCACACCCACCCUAUUAUCCUCCUUCAAUCUCGAUGCCCAAUCAAGUUAUAUCUACACAAUUACCACCCACAGUGUUGAAUAUCUCAUCGAGUGCCUUAUCAAAUCUACCUGUCACUUCUAAAGAUAAUGAUUCGAAAAAUGUUAUCAUGCCUUCUACCAUCCCUGAAACUGGAUCGUUACAAACAGCCCUGGGUAUGAAAUUGGAAGAACAUUUUAAUGCGACACUUGAAACUCAAAAGGAUAGUCAUGAUUCUAUCAAAAAUCUUGAUAAACAAUCCAUUCUUAAAGGUAAGAAACCUGUGUCUCUGUCAUCUAUAUCCGAUUCAAAAAGGGCAGAAAAAUCAUAUAAAGUUAAAUCUACCAAAAUUAUGAAAAAAGACUUUAAGACUUCUCAGAAGUCCAGGUCAAGAAGUAGAUCAUCUCGUUCUAGCAUAUCCUCGUUUAGGUCCGAUGAAGAAUUUGAAAGGUACUAUUAUAAGGAUAGAUAUGAAAAGGGCUCACCAAGACAUCACAAAAGCCAGCAGAGACCUAAAUAUUUAGAAAAUUAUAGUUAUAGAAGACCCGAUCAUUCCAGCUUCCAAGAUAGGCACCCACCCAGAUAUGACUCUUAUUUAGAUAAGGGUUCCCCUAAUAGAUCUUAUUAUAAUCGACACCAAUACCAAGAUGAAAUGAUGGAAGAGGACCAAAGAGGUCAAAAACCCAUGUACAGCAUUUCUUUUUACAAUAACGUUCUGGUACCUGCUAUGGCUUUAGCUGUCGCUAAACGAGAGGAGAAACGAGCUUCUGCCGUUGCUCCCCCUACAAAUUUGAUUACACUAUCACCAGUAGUGCCUGCGCGCCACUCAUCCACUCGACCUCAUCUAACUUACAUAUCUCCGCAUCAACCCGAUGCCAGCGCUAUUGGUGUUGUUAGACGAAAAGCUCCUCUGCUUCCCAAUCCCACAUCUAUACCCCCUCAUUUAGUCCAAAAUAUGGAUAAUAAAUCUGUACCUAUCGAGGCAUCAUCCCCAAGAGAAUUUAUUGACCAGGGGCCAUAUGAUACUUAUCCGAUGGAACAAUCCCUUAAUAGGCCGGCUUUCGAUUACUCCAAGAAAUAUUUUACCAACGAAAAAUUACCUUUCGUGCGAUAUAAGCAAAAGUAUAAUUACGGCUACGCGAAAUAUCGGGGUGGUUAUCAGCAUAGGGAUGAACGCGAUAUAGUUGCACCUGAUAAUUUCAAAAAUGAAUACACGUUGAAUGAGAAUCAAAUGCAUAAUAACUUAUCAGACGAUACUCGAAUUGGCCAUAGAAUCUUGCCAACCUAUCGAUAUAAUAAAAUGAAACCUGACUACGGUGGUAUAAACGAUAAUCGUAAAAGACAAAGGAUAUCUACGGCAACUAGGUUACAUCAACAAAUAAAUCACAACGAUGAAAACGACCUUGAUAAGCCCCAUGAUUUGGAUAUAGGCUUAAUCACAAAACCUCAUGAACACCUAAAAUUAUUGGUAACUGAAAACCAGAGCCCAGCGUUAGAUUUUUUUAAUGAGAAUCCAUUAGUAGAAUUACCACCAUCUAAAUGGAAAGAUUUGGAUCAAAUAGAUUUGAAAGAGGAAUUGCCAAAUAUAUUAGAUUUACCUAUCGAAAAAAUUGAUAAUAGCGUUAGCAUAAGAACAAAGCAUGAACGUGAAGAACAAAAGAAUAACAAACAUUCGGACUCAAAAGAUCAUCACCAUAAAAAAUCCUCCGGCAAGGUGAAGAAAAACAAAAAAAAGAGAAGUAAAGUAGUAAAUGAAGAUGGUAAUCAAAAACAUAUUAAAGAGGAAAGAAAUCUAAAUAAAAUUGAGACGGAAAAUAAAGACGGCAAGCAAAAUAAAAAGGCUCACAAAAAGGGGGAUAAGGAUAAAGAAAAAUCGAAGAAGAAAAAAUCAGAUAAACAAAGGCAUUGUAAAGAAACUAGUGGUAAGAAACAUAAAAACAAGAAAGCUAAAAAGCGUAAAGACAAAGAUCGAGAACACAAACGGAAAAAAAUAUCCAAAGAUUUAAACUUAAAUGUAAAAAUUUAAUAAUGAUUUUCGUUACAAAUUAUUUUAUUUAUUAUAAAUAUGAUAUAUGAUUUGUGCAAGAUA